CGCCGCUGCUUGUACUCCCAGUGCCACACUUCCACCCGUCUUCUUCCACGGCUUCCACGCCUUGCUGCUGAUGCUAUUCCAUUUCCAUUUCCUCCCCCGAUACAGCCUGACCCAGCAAACGCACCACGCCAAGUUACCAACGCACGCAAAGCCUUUCCCUUCGCGAGUUCGCGUCCACUCUUCUCUUCUCCGUCGCGUCAGCCAUCAGGAGAGACUAUAGAGGAAACAACCACCUCUUGUUUGGUCAAGAAUCGUGGAGGAGAACCGAAAGGUGCAGCCUUUUUCAGCAGGGCAUCAUCUGCUACAGCCGGCCGGUUGAAGCAGGGGAGCGAGAGAAGGGCAGCCGAGCAGGAGAGGAACGCGGUGGUGCAGUUACCUUCGGUGAGCAGACGACGACUACGACGACGACGACGACGCUCAGAGGUUUCCCCGUUCCCGACGGCACGUCCACCGAGGCGGCGCCAUCGCGAUGGGUCCUCUGGCGCUGAGGUGUAAUAACCCGCCGCCGCCGUUCUCCAAGUCGCCGGGCUCCCUGCUGCUGCUCUCCAAGUCGCUCACCCUCUACUGCUGAGCUGAGCCCCCCUCUCUAUCUCUCUCGGUUCAUGGGCGCCGUGGCCUCGUCGGCGGCCGGAGGGGGCCGGGGCCGGGGAGGCGAUGGCACGGCGCUGGGCGACUUGCCGGAGAACUGUGUCGCGGAGGUGCUGCUCAGGCUGGACCCGCUGGAGAUCUGCCGGAUGGCGCGGCUCAGCCGCACGUUCCGUGGCGCCGCGUCCGGGGACGGUGUCUGGGAGUCCAAGCUGCCGAGGAACUACGCGCGCCUCCUCGCCAUCGCCGCGGCCGGAGAUGGGGAAAGGGGGCAGGCCGCCGGGUCGGCUCCGGAGGCGGAGCCGCUGCCCAAGAAGGAACUGUACGCGCGGCUUUGCCGUCGGAACCGUUUCGAUGGUGGCAAAAAGGAGUUCUGGCUGGACAAGGGUGGUGGAGGUCUAUGCAUGUCAAUUUCUUCAAGGGCACUUUCAAUAACGGGCAUUGAUGAUAGGAGAUAUUGGAACUUCAUUCCCAAUGAUGAAUCAAGAUUUCACACGGUUGCUUAUCUCUCGCAAAUUUGGUGGUUUGAAGUCAGAGGGGAGGUUGAUUUUUUCUUCCCAGAAGGUACAUACAGCCUAUUUUACCGCGUUCAUCUUGGUCGACCAUUCAAGCGUCUUGGACGGCGAGUUUAUAGCUCAGAGCACAUCCACGGCUGGGAUAUAAAGCCGGUGCGUUUCCAAAUGUCAACUUCCGAUGGACAGCAUGUUCAGUCCAAGUGUUAUUUAACUGAUCCUGGUAUUUGGAUCAAUCACCAUGUCGGGGACUUUAUCGUGAAGGACUCGAGCAGACCAAUAAACAUCAGGUUUGCAAUGAUUCAGAUAGAUUGCACACACACGAAAGGUGGUCUUUGUGUGGAUUCAGUGGUGGUGAAACCGCAAUACCUCACGCAGAAAAAAGCACCAUGGACUUAUGUGUAGAUUUGUCAAACAAGUUGCGUCUAGAGAUGUGAUCCAUAGUUUUUUUUUUUUUUGUUCUGCGGAUGUGCAUUUUGUUUAUAGAUGUGCGGUUUUACAAUUGCACUUAUACAAGUUACAGAGUAUUUUGCAGUACUGCAAUGUAACUGAAGGGGUAAGUGUUUUUUAAUUCCUCUUGUCCCCCUAGGAACAUGUUGGACCUCUGUAAAUUGUUCAUUUGAACUUUGAAAUGUACAUCUGUUGUGGUCUGCACUUGUUCACC